ACACUUCCCACUGCCAACAGAUCGAUGGGACAUGCAGGUGUGGAGGCUGUGAGAAUUUAAAUAAACAAUGUCACUCGGAGUGGUCUAUGUAUUUCAUUGGUUGUUCUGAUUCUCACAGCCUAUACGGGACCCGCGCCGCCCCUUUGAGCAUACGUUGUAAGUGAUUCCGUGGGAACCCAACUUAACGCCAGACUGCAGACCACUGUUGAGCAGCGGCACAAACAGCGACAGAGGAGCUUACGAUCUUGCCAGGACUUACUUGAAGUUUGCGGACUUGCAAGACAACAUGAAGAGAGCUCAAGACCUUAGCUCAUCCGAUAGCGAACUAGAUGACAGUACUGAAGUGGAAAAGGAGAGCACUGAGGAGAAUGAGAAUGUCUGCUUCUCAAGUGAUACACGACCCGUAACGUCUCAAGGAGGAAGCGCGAGGAAGCGCCGUAGAGGGAUAGUUGAAAAACGACGCCGUGACCGUAUUAACAGCAGCUUGUCAGAACUGCGUAGACUUGUGCCAAGCGCUCUUGAGAAACAGGGCUCUGCAAAACUAGAGAAAGCUGAAAUCUUACAAAUGACUGUGGAUCACCUCAAGCUCCUCCACGCAGCUGGGGGGAAAGGUUACUUCGAGGCCCAUUCAGUGGCCAUGGAUUACAGGAACCUGGGCUUCCGUGAAUGCUUGGCAGAGGCAGCUCGUUACCUGAGCAUGAUUGAAGGUCUCAACACCUCAGACCCUCUGCAAGUCCGCCUUGUGUCUCAUCUCAGCAGCUAUGCCUCCCAGAGAGAAGUGCACUCUGGACUCGGGCACACAACAUGGGCCCCUGGUUUCAGGAACCCCAUGCCUGCUCAUCUUCCCCAUCAGCCCCUCCACUUGCCUCUGAAGCAAACCCGACAGAGUGUUUCUCCAGCAGGGUUACAGAGCUCCGGCAGCUCCCCUUCUUCCUCCCCUGCACAUCUUUCUCUCUCGUCCCGACUGAGCAGCUCGUCACUCUCAAAGUCUGGCCCCUCACAGGUACCCCCCAGCAGAUCUGGCCAUAACCUCCUCACCUGUACGACCGCUAAACUUCCACCUCCAUUCCUGUCCUCCCUCUCCCCACUUUCUGCCUUUCCACUCAGCCUGGGUGCCUUCCCCUUGCUCCCCCCCAGCAUGAGCCCAGCUGCAGCAGGGACAGCUGCAGUGAGGAGGCCCUACAGGCCGUGGGGAACAGAGGUAGGGGCUUUCUGACCACAAACACCUCCACUUCCUCUUGGGUCUUUAUGAACUCGCUUCAACCUCACAGAGAUGCCGGGCCCACCUGAAGCCCCCACGUUGGAUGAGAUGUUGGUCAACAGCUGAGCUGGACCAUUGUAUAAUGAGAACUCCUACUAAUCUUUUCAGCUAGAAACAACAAAAAGUGUAUUGGAUGAGAAUUGUGGACUGCACCUUUAAGGACAAGGCUGGGCAACAUGUUUUUCAUGUCUUCGCUGAAGGUGGUGCCACUUUAUAUAGCAGACCAGUCGUUAGCAUAAAAAGUAAAUUUGGCUUAUGUUCUCUCACUUGAUUCCAGUUAGUGUCCUUCAGGUUUUUAAAAUAAGUUCUAUGUGCCUGAUCAAUGUCCAUUCUUUACAUGACAAUGUCAUAAUAAUCUGAAGUUUGAUGGUUAAUGCGAAGGUUUGACAUCCAGUAAGCUGCACAAUUGGAACACUUUCCUCUGGACUUCAUGUUCUGCCUCUAUCAGGCCUGGAAAUUGUUGGAGUUAGUAAAUAGAUAUGCUAGAUUUGUUAUCAUUUUAUUUUAUUUUAUAUCUAAUUCUGUAUGCUGUCACUGAAAAAGAAAAUGCAUGAUUUAUAUGAAAUUAAUGUUAUUGUUGUUGUUCACUUCUGGGUUAACCACUCCACUGCAUAAUGACAAACUUUUGCUCCUCAAAUAUUUCUGAAUAAAGUCAAUUUCAGUA